GCUUCACCAACCGAGGCCUGCUGGAAAGGCGUCGCCAACCAGCCGUCCUCGACACACUCGAGCCAACUAAUAUAUAAUAUAUAUACAUUCCUCUGCCCCUCUGGUAUCCCCGCCACCCCGUCUGCCGGUCCAUCCAUCCCUACCUACGAUCCUGUUUGUUGGUGAUUCUCACAUGGUCUCUUUUCUCUGCCGCAUCUUGAAUGGAGCCGUGAUAAAGGACCAGAAACAACUCGAUGGACUUGCAACCCCCAUCCGAUGCCAUGAUCCGGGACGGAUUCCAUCGCCAAGUCGGUCAAUAUGGACAUGAGCUCAGCUCCUUCGUCUCGGCCGAGCUGGGCGGGCCGCCCUCGGGCCUGUCGAUUACUCUGGAGACCAUUGAAUGGCCUGAAUCUGUAUCCGGAUCGCCGGCCAACUGGGUAUGGUUCGUGGGGAGCGCCGACCUGGCCGUCGAGCGGGCUGUCCUGCGCUUUUUCCAGACAGACGUUGGAAAGAGGGCGCUGAGCGCCGACGGGGUUGAGUUCAAGCUAGGCAGUGCUCCUCUGCGCCUCCCCUCCGAUUCGGCAAACAAUUGCCUCUGCCCGGCCGAGUUCAUCCCAGCCACCGCUCCGCUCCAAGACGGUCAAGAGGUCGUGAUCGUGUUCCAGCCCGCAUCUCUGACUCGCUCCCACAUAUGUAUCCCAGCGACGACCGGCGGCUGGCUGCAGGUCUCGCCGCAUACGCAUCUAGAGCAAAUUACGGCUGUCAAGCCUCGGGACCAACGGGCCGGCUGAUCCGAGGUACCUGGGCG